AAAUUUUCCUUCCAUAUAUAACAAUGCAACACAAAGUUGGUAUAAAUCAAGAGCUAGGUCAUUAAUUCUUGUUUAAGGUUUUUUCGGGCCGGACGGAGAUCGACCCUCCAGUACAAAGGCAGAACGGAGUUUGACUGUAACACUCGAUAUAAAAUGAAGAGGCAAAGAGGUGGUAAGAUGAUAGCAAAUAAUUAUGAGGAGAAGAAAAAGGCCAAAAGGGUUGUUGAGAAACAGUGUGAAGAGGUGAAAAAAGAGGAAGAACAGAGGAAAAAUGGUGGAGGAAAUGUUGUGAAGGAAGUGGAAUUAAUGGCUGAUCAGUGUGAUAAUAAUAAUAAUUGGAUUAAUGAAUGGCUAUGUUCAUGGAAUAUGGGGGAUGAACAAAUGUCAUGGGGAACAUGUUGGUCACCUAUUUGGGACAUGGAGUUCUUGGGAGAAGCUUAUAAUAACUUGUACAAUGAUGUUUUGUGGGAUGAUGAUGUUUGGGAUUUGAAAGCCAUCAAGGAAGUUCCAAGUUCAUAGAGAGAAACUUCAAAAUAUAACUAGAGAGGACAUCAAUUCUAACAAAAAUUGUCAGCAGAUCAUCUUUAGCUCCAAAUGAUCAAUCAGUUAUGUGAUAGUAAAGAAUGUAUUGUUGUUGUUUUUUCCAGAAUUAGUUGUAAUAGGCUGCAAAUGCACAUAUAUGUACAAUGUGUAUGAUUACUCGUAA